AUGAUUUGGGGUUCACUUGCUCGCUCUGGAAAAGUCAAAUAUCAAACACCUCGUGUUCCGAAAACUGCUUCUCGUCGAUACAAGGGAGGACAUAAAAAGUUUCGGAAACAUUCAGUGUCGAAUGUCGAAUAUAAGAGUGGAGCUCACAGAUUAGAACAAGAACCCACCCAGCACGUUUCUCAUUCAUUGACAAGCAUUCCCGCACGAUUGGAUGAACGAAUGAAUGCAACCACAGCUCCGUUUUAUCUUUCCAAUAGUUUCCAUAAAUACAACUCUUCGAAAGGAUAUGAUCGAUUGGAAUUUAUUGCUACCAAACACGAAGAGAAGCGAGAAAAGAAUUAUUUUCGAUCCUAUGAUUGCAAUGAUGCAAGAAAUCAUAAAAAGUGGCAUCGAAAUCAUCCACAAGAUGGUUUCUAUCAAAUGAGAGAAACUUUUGAUUUUGCAAAUGAGUGUGGUGAGGAUGUUGAGUCCACUUUUGAGAUCGAUGAAGAAUUCGAGCAUGUACUUCAGAAUGCGGAAUGGAUUAAUUGA